ACUGAACAGUGAAGGGAAACAAAAACAAACAGGGGAGGGUGGGGGUUUAGAGUUGCUUGUGCAGCAAAUGUAGCAUUCAGCUUACAAAUAUUUGGAAGAAAAAAGGAACAAGCUAUAAUUUUUCUUGUCGUUGCAAGUGAUGAUGUUUUAUGUUAUGUAAAGUUUCCUUGUUGUGAAUCUGAAUUUUUAUGAAAAAGGCGACAUUUACUUGGUCAAGUAUUUAAAACAUGAAAAAAAUAAUGUGCUGAAUGCAAACUUUGCUGAACUUGUAAAAGUAGCAUAUAAAGUGUUGAUAGACCUGGUAUGAAGCUGAAAUGUGUUGAAAGCACCUUUGAUGAGUUGGAAAAGCAUGAAAGAUUGUGAUGUUUGAUUUCACCACAAAUAGCUGAUCUAGAUAUAGAAGAAGGGCACAUAUAGCUGAAAAAAUUCUAUAUUAAAGAUAGAGGUAAAAAAUGUACAUAUUUCAGCAAAAAGCAUCACGAGAGACCAAGACGGGCAGAAAUUCAUUUCAUUGGCAGCUGAUGGCAAGGUGCACUCUUGUCUCAGAUAUCACAAAACAAACGAAAAAAGGAACCUAUGGCAACCAGGUUUUUGUUUCAGGGAUAAAGUACCAUCCUCGAGCAAAAAGAUAAUGGCAAGACACUUCCAACAGAAGCCACUAUGAAAGAAAAACAAACUCUAAUAAAAUAUAUUAGGCUUAGUGAUGUGGAUGAUGACUAUACCCGAUGUGGUUUGGAUUUACAUGGGUGGAUUUUUUAUCAUCAUCAUACACUGUGGUGCUAACUGCCAAUUGUUCAUUCUUCCAGGGCCAGUUAUAUAUGUUGAACCAGUAUGCAGUUAGCAUGCACUAUAGUCAGCCUAAGACCCCUGGGAUGGGAGGGGGCAGCGGCAGAGACGGAGGCCCCAGUGGCGGAGGAAUGGGACCCAUGGAUAGGAAUGGUGAUCAUAAAACAGACUGGAUUUGCUCUAAGUGCGGAGUACACAAUUUUAAAAGGAGGGACUACUGUUUCAAGUGCAGUAUCUCCAGAGAAGAGUCGGAGAAGUCUGGUAAAGAAGGAGAUGGCUUUGAUCAAGUGGGCACAAAUCCUUGUAACACUUUAAUUUUCCGUGGUCUGGAUGCCUUGACAACUGAGGAAAGCAUCAUGGCUGCCCUGGUUAAGGUGACGGCCCUGACUGUGAAGAACUGCCGCGUGAUGCGGGAUAGCUUGACCAAUACUUCACAAGGUUACGCAUUUAUAGAGAUGAAUUUGGCAGCAGAGGCCAGUCAGUUACUGGAGUCCCUGGGGAGACUUAACCCACCCCUGGAAAUAGAUGGAAAACAAGUCCUUAUGUCUUACUCCAAAAAUACUUUCACCACAGUGUUGGCCACCCUCCAACAGAACAGUUCAUAUGAUUACUCCCAGUACUAUGACAGCACAUACUACCAGGGGCAGGAGGCCCAGCAGACAGGAUACUAUGAUCAGAAUGGACAGUACUAUGAAUAUAGCCAGGGCCAGUAUGUGCAGGCAGCUGCCCCACCCACACAAACUGACUCCACCAAUGCAGCGGCAGCGGUGGCCCAGGCAGCCAUACAGCAGGCCCAGGCUGUGAAACAUUUCCAGAAACAACAGGAACAGUACCAGAAACAAGUGAUAGAACAAAUACAGCAUCAACAAAAGCUGGCAGAUAUGUCACCGGAGCAGAGGCUAGCCCACCAGGCCCAGCAGUGGUCCACCACACAGACAGAUGGCGCUGAGCCUGCACCACAGCCAGGAGAGCCCAAUGCCUCUGGAGAAUACACCACAUAUCCUGUACCAGAUGUCUCAACUUAUACAUAUGAUGAGGCGUCUGGAUAUUACUAUGAUCCACAGACAGGCCUGUACUAUGAUGCUAACUCACAGUACUACUACAACGCCUCCACUGCCAAGUUUUUAUACUGGGACAGCGAGAGGUCAACCUACUUGGCUGCCCCCACGGCCGAAAACCAGGGCGAACAGAAGGAUGACAAGACCAAGAAGGAAAAGGAUAAGAAGGAGAAGGUGAAGAUUGCCAAGAAGAUAGCCAAGGACAUGGAGAAAUGGGCCAAGACCCUGAAUGCCCAGAAGGAUGCUAUGAAGGAUGGGUUUAAGAAGAGCAUGCAGUCACUGGGAGGAGGGCCUGAGAGAGAGUCUGCCAGUGCUGACGCAGGGUUCGCUGUACUGGAGAAGGGCAUGGGUGAGAAGCCAGUAGACCAGUCACUUAUGCCUCCACCACCUCUGCCUGGUGGAGCAAAACAGGCUCCAGGUCAAGGUCAGCCGUCUGGAGCCCUGGUGGCGUCUUACGGCGGAGACAGUGACGAGGAAGACGAAGACGACACCCAGCAGAUGUCACCAGGGAUGGUAGAGGAGAAGAUGACCGACUGGACCAAGAUGGCCUGUUUGUUGUGCAAAAGACAGUUCCCUUCCAAGGAGGCUUUACAGAGGCAUCAACAGCUGUCAGAUCUUCAUAAGCAAAAUCUGGACAAAUUAAAGGCAUCACAAGCAGCACAGGCUGGGCCAUCUGCAGGUCAGUACAGGGACAGGGCAAAAGAACGAAGACAGAAAUAUGGAAGCACAGAUCCGCCAAUCAACAAAAAGAAACAGCAACAGCUGAGACAGCAGGCCACAGCAUAUGAAGAGCCAACCAAGGCAGGUCUAGGUCAAGACAACAUUGGAAAUAAACUUUUACAAAAGAUGGGCUGGAGUCAGGGCAAAGGUCUGGGCAGGACCAACCAGGGCAUUGUGGACCCUAUUCAGGCACAGAGGCGUACAAUGACGGCAGGUCUUGGGGCACGAGGAUCUAGUUACGAUAUCAACCCAGGAGACACAUACAAAGACAGCGUGAAAAAAGUCAUGUAUGCACGGUUCCAUGAAAUGGGUGAAUGAUACUGGGAACAAACUUGACAGAAUGAUUUGAUAUAUGAAAAUUUGUACAUACUUAAGUAUAAUUUGAAAAUUGAGUCAACAUGGGAGUUUGUAUAGCCCUAUACUCUGCAUUUAUGCAAUAAGCAGAGAGGAAGAUACUGUGCAAUUUAUGAGGGAGGAAUCGUGCAGCGGGUGUCUUUAUGAUCUGAAAUAUGGCAUUUGGACAACCAGAUCAAUUUAAUCUGUUGUUUUGACAUUUAUCACUACCUGAUUACCUCCAUUGAAAAGAAGUUUUACAAUCAUCAUUUUAGUAUGAACAAAUACAGUAAAGUAUAAGAUUUUAGGUUAUGUCACUCCAAAUGAAUAAAACAUUAUUGUGGGUUAUAGAUUCUUUGCGUGAUUGAAAAACAUUUUGUAAAAUGCAAGUCUGGUUGGUGAAUAAAAUACAGCACCUGACAAUAAAACCUUGAAUUAUUUAU